AUGAGACGAUCUCUGCCUACUGCCUGGGCUUCAGACUGGCCUACGAAGCUCUUCUGGCAGCCGCUGCUACCAGCGCUUUCACAGCCGCCGCUUCCUUGCGGAGGUUUAGGCUGGGCUGAUUACGGUGUCGGCUGCGAUCUAGCUGCCGCCAGUGGGGGUGGGUGGUUUCCCUGUCUCCAGUGCUUUCCCAUUCCACCCGUUGGUGUAUCCAUGCUCUCUGAGAACGAGAUUGCAGUCUCUUACCUCUGCGGUAACGGUGCCGUAGGAAUAGUGAGCAAAGAUAUCGCUCCUGCUUGGUGCUACCCUGCAGCCGCUGGCUUAGCGUACGGACCAGGCCUUGCUGCAGAAAUCGGUUACGGUCCCGCUAUCGCUGGACGUCUCUUCGGCGGCUGCGGAUACAGUAUCUACUAA